ACCUAUAUAUACAAUUUAACCCGUCAUGAAUUUCUUGCUCUCAGCUUCCCUCCCAAGCUUCCCAUCUCACUCCUCCCCAAUUUCCUUCAAACCCUCAUCUCCACUAAACCCGGCUUCCUCCUCUCUCUCUAAUACCCACCAAUGUCUUCCUUCAAAUCCCCACUCUCUUUGGCCACAUCAGGCGACGGAGGUGGUGAUCGGGUGGGCCUGUCCCACCAUGCUUCCGGUGAGGUUCAUGUCAUUGUGGGGCCAAUGUUCGCUGGGAAAACCACAGCUCUUCUUCGUAGAGUGAAAGCUGAGAGCAACAGUGGCAGAAGUGUUGCCAUGAUAAAGUCAAGCAAGGAUACAAGAUAUGCAAUUAACUCAGUGGUGACACAUGAUGGGGCAAAAUUCCCAUGUUGGGCUUUGCCUAAUCUGAUGUCAUUUAGGCAGAAAUUUGGAGCUGACGCAUAUGACAAGUUGGAUGUGAUUGGCAUUGAUGAAGCUCAGUUCUUUGAUGACCUUUAUGAUUUCUGCUGCAAAGCAGCUGAUCUUGAUGGAAAAACCAUAGUAAUUGCCGGGCUGGACGGGGACUACCUGAGAAGGAGCUUUGGUUCAGUGCUCGAUAUAAUUCCCAUUGCUGAUUCCAUAACCAAGCUGACAGCUCGAUGUGAGCUUUGUGGCAAGCGGGCAUUUUUCACCCUACGGAAGACCGGAGAGACAGAGACAGAAUUGAUUGGUGGUUCUAAUGUCUAUAUGCCUGUUUGCCGCCAGCACUAUGUCAAUGGACAAGCUGUUGUGGUAGCAGUGCAGAAUGUCUUGAAACCUUAUAGCAAAAUUCAGAGUGACUCUCACAUGGAGGAAGUUGCAGUUGUUUAGUGUUAUCUCUACUUCACAUCUUUACAUUUCUUUUGGCUUCUAUGUAUUUUAAUCAGCUGUCUGGAAAAACAAGUAGAGUUUGGGUUUUCUGAUGCUUGUUUAAAGUUUAGCCUUUGCAUAUGUUUAUAGAAGAAACUUGGCUGCUUGCAGUAUUAUUUGUA